CUUACCAUUAAUUAUAGCAUGCAGAAUUAACAUUAUUUUAGUCUCUUGUGUCUUCAUUUACACAGCGUGAUACGUACGCGCAUGUGUCCAUUGCAGUUUGCAAGCAUUUAUUUAUUUCAUUUAUCGAGUACUUCAGCGAAGGACUGAGCAUUUCUAAAAUUUCCAUUUCCAUUACCUGUCGUUGCCCGAGUGGUCUUUUCAUUUUCUUUAACACAAAAGACUUGCGUAUACCGCAAGCACAACCCGCACAGUGUGCCACGCAAAUUCAUUACUUCCAGACAGGGAAGUCGUUACCAGUUUAGGACUGGCCACCACCAGUGCACGUCAGGUCUUACCAUUUCACAGUGCCACUAAUUCUUGACACUGUCCAUCGACUGGCUGCUGAAGUACUCCCACCUUUUACUUUCUCUCCUCCACUAUUACACUCUGCCACGAACAGAGUACCAUUUCACUUCAGUAUAUUUAAGUAUACUGCAUGUAGUGUCCGGGACACACCAGCACGAUACCAGUGCUCCAAGGAACGCCUCCUCAUAAGUGCCAUUGCACCUGUACAGGCCGUACAGGUAGCCAUUAAACCUGCAUGUCCGUCCUUACGGAACGCCCAAUUCAUUAGUGUGUCCGUGUACAAGGGUCAGUGAUCCUUCGGAACACUCAACAAGGGAACGCCUCCCGAAGUGCCGCAAUACCAGCCCUAAGUGCAGUCAAACCUGCGUGUCCGUCCUUACGGAACGCCCAAUUCAUUAAUGUCCAUGUACGAGGAUCAGUGAUCCUUCGGACCAAUCAAGGGAACGCCUCCCGAAGUGCCGCAAUACCAGCACUACUAGUGCUGUCCAAAAGGAACGCCUCCUGAAGUGCCAUCGCACCUGUACAAACGUACAGGUAGCCCUAUACCUGCGUGUCCGUCCUACGGAACGCCCAUUCAUUAGAGUAUCCACCAUUUUGGAUCACUCAACCAAGGAACGCCUUCGAAAGUGCCGCACCUGUAUUGGACCUACAGGUAGCCCAUUCCAACGUCUCCCAAGUUGGGAACGCCCGUAAGUGUGACGUACGCCGCACACUUCAUUCGAUUUUUUCACCUCAUCAGAAGGUGCCAUUCACAAAGUGCCACCGAGCACCCAGUCUUUUCAGACUUUUCCUUACCAUUAUCGCAGAACCCAUUUCCAAGUGAGUGCCACUUUCCACAGUAGGCACUCCCAUUCCAUCCAUUACCCUUCCUGGCCAUUAUUAUCAUUUUCAUCUGAGCCUCUACUGCAGCCUAUGGGAAAUGUCUUCCCCUGCUUCCCGUGACUUCUUUGCCAGAGAGCUAGAGAAGCUCGGAGCCCUCAUAACUCUGGGCAAGGAGGCUGGUUACACUGGACCAGCACUUGACCAGUGGAUAAAGGCGCAGCAGGCUGCUGCGCGCCUGCAAGAAAAGGAAGCCAGAGAAGCAGAGAGAAAGGAAAGAGAAGAAGAGAGAAAGCAUGAGCUAGCUCUCCGAGAUGACGAAAUCUCUCUGCUAGUUUCUAAGCCCCAGACCAUGAGCUGGACUCCCGGUAAGAGGUGGUUGCGGAGGUUCUGCACCACUUGUUGUGUGCGUGGGCAUGCUGUGGAUUCCGACCAGUACCCAAGUCGGUCUCUACCUUGGGAGGAGAGCUUCCAGGGUGAACUUCUCCAAGGCUACCAUGUAGCCCUGCCUGAUGAACGGUCUCCUACGGCCUAUCAGUGGGUACAAGUCAUGGCCGACACCGAAGCCCAGGUCUCCCUUAUUUCCAGAAAGGCAUUGCCUAGGGGUGCCAAAAUCCAGACGAACGAAGAAAUUCAGUUUGAAUGGAUUGACGGUAACCUCUAUUCUGUUCCUUCGGUCCUUCUGAAUGUAGACAUGCCCUUUCUGGACCAGGAGACCAGGGAAACCACAUUGUGCCGCCUGGGCGUAGUUGACCAAUUUCAUGAUGUUUAUCAGGUGAUAUUGGGCCGAGAUCUACUUAAGCCGUAUCUCCCCUGGACGCAGCUCCCACUACCAGAUGCACCGGAUCCCUGCAGCAUGCCUCAUAAUCAAACCUCAAUUUUAGAUUCAGAGGCUAGUGCCUCCGAUGUCCCAGACAUCCCUUUUAUUUGUGAACCUGGCCCUGACCCAGUGUCAGAGCCAGACGUUUCUUCCGCAUCAUCUCAGCCUCUUACCAUUUUACCGCCUACCUCCUCCACUUUGGAAGAGGUAAGCCCACCAGUUAACCCCGGACUUGUUUCCGAGGGUGAUUCAACGGAGGAUUCCUUAACCUCCCUACCUCAAAUCACUGCCAGAGAGGACUUUUCACCUGUGCCAGAGCACACUGCCAGCCUUGGUGACUCCACAGAUUCGCAACCUGUGGGGCCAUCUCGGCCUUACCGUCCAGUGCCACGGAAGAGGUUCUGGAACACGUUCUGCCGAGACUGUGGCCGCAAGGGUCACAUGUCUGCCAACUACGGAGGGUGCGCGAACCACAAUAUUCCUGCCAUCGCAAUGGCCGUCACCAAUCCUUCUUCACUAGGACCCCCAGCUAAGGGCCCUAUAACAGUCGCACCCCUCCAAAGCCAUUAUCCGCCAAGCCACGUCAGAGCCUACGACGACUCUGGCGCUCAAAUCUCCCUAAUACGGGAAGAUCGAAUCCCCCGAGGGGCAAACGUCGAUAGAUGUCACUUAAUAACCAUUGAAGGUAUCAACCAUAUCAAGCUGAUCCUUCCGACCGUCCAAUUGAGGGUCACCAGACCUCACUUCUCCAGAGUUUGUACCCUUGCAGUUGCAAGCUACAUUCCAGGAGGUUACGACCUCCUCCUAGGGCAAGACAUGAAGUCUCCCUCGCAUUCCAAAAAGCCUAGGGGUCCUAACUCCACGUCAAAUCACUCCAAAGCAAGGAGUCAUCGAAAUUCUACUUCCUCCAGGAAGUACGUCCACCAACAGUCUCCCCCGUUACCAAGGAGGGAGAUUGACCAUUCACAGUUCCGUUGCAAAACCUGCAACGUAAUAGGGCACUCCACGAAUUGGUCUAGGUGCCCUAGCCGACUUCCAGCAGCGGACACUGUCCAUUUUCCACAAGGCUUAGCCUUCAACAAGAAACAGGAGCCUCUGUCUCCCAUUUCCAAGGGCACGCUGAGAGGUAUUGCACCUCCGGUACCCGCCACAGGUCCAGUCGACCUCAACUCUCUGCCAGUGCCACUUGGCAGCACUGAGCAGUGCCAAGCUCCGUCCAGCCUGGACGUAGAGCCACCACAGAACUUGACUUCUGCGCCUGGCCCCGAGCUCGCGCCGGCGCCUAACCUUAUCAAGGAUCCUCCUACAGGAGAUCCUCCAACAGGCAUGGAGCUUACCGCAGCCCAUGGCCAAUCCAAAGUCCAUGAGUCUUCUUCACCCUCACCACUGUCGCCCGAGGAUGAACCUCCGGCAGACCUAACCUUCAUACCUCCUCUGGAAAACCAGGAACUGCCCGACCAGGAGUCAGCCUGGAGUUUUCCCCUUACGACGGCUGUCGCAGCAGCCGGAGUGAGGGCCUCCCCUGCAGUAGGUUCCACCUCUACGACGGUUGCUGCAGAUACCGAAGUAGGGUGUUCUCCUGAAAUCCCUCAGGCUACCACUGCCUCUGCUCCUGCCGGCGUUUCUGGCCUUUCCCCAGAGUCGGUGCCUCCGUCUACUCCUAGGACUAGUAUAGCCAGGUCCUGGAGGAAUAAGAAGAAGAAGUAGAAGGGACGUAGCAAAUCAUUAACACACUAACCAAAGAGCCACAUGCUCUCCUUGACACCUGUGCCCGAGGUACAGUGUCGCAUUCAAUUGCAGAGUGAUCCUGGCACCUACCCAGAGAAGGUAGCCAGCCUGAUCUCUGCCAGUAGAACUAACCCUCUAACCCCUAGAAAUGGUGAUACUAACCCUCACUUAAAUAUAAUUACCUCAUUACAUUUCCAUCCUGGUAAUGCACUAACCACUCAUCAUCCUCACGCUUCAUUACCUCACCUCAUGUAUUUUAACAAUUCCGGCGACACAUUACUGCUGUGCGUACCACACUCUGGAAUGACUGCGUCUCCCUUUAACUGUAUUGAGUAGGUUAGGCUAAUGAUUUAGUACCAGGGCAUUAGGUUAGUAGCAAGUAGAAUUUUCAAGUAACCUUAUCUAGGGGUAGAGUAGACUGUCGUCACAGACAACCCGUAGUUAUUACUUAGGCUAGAUUACAUCACUACAUUAAGUUAGUACACUUAGCAUCUUUGCCUAUAAGUUAGGUAGGCCAUUGUAGUCAGCCGUAUCGCUGCUCUAAAAACUUCAGGUUAGAGUAGGAGAACUGGGUAGUCGAGGCGAUCAACUUAUUUAAGCCAAGACCUUCACGCCCGAAAGGGAGUGAAUGCCUUCUUAACAGGGGGAGCUGCUGCGUUUAUAGAACGCCUCGCCUUCCCAGCAGAGUUUUAGUGAUAUUAGUUAUAAAAGAAGCAGCCAUGCCUUCUCCUAAAGCAACUGAUGUUGGGAGAGGGAGCAUGUCGAAGGGAGGUAUUUCCGGUCUGACGGAAGCUUAGGGUAAGAGAGGCAAGUCACAAGAGUAGCUAGGCUUCGAGAUGGAUUUUAGGGACUUCUACAAUAAGACCUAUUUUCCUUCCCAAUUUGCUGGCGUUGUGUUUAUCACUUUUCAGGCAGUGCCCGAGGCGAUGUAUGGAAGCCCCAAGUCAUUAAGUGAGAACCAGUAUCUCUCUCAGUCCUCUGCAGUCUGUGAUCCAGGACAGAUGUCCAGCCGGCCAGCCUCCCAGACUUAAGCCUAUCGGCUCGGCGUACUGGCGGGCACGAACCCCAGACCUGAACGAAGUCAGGCCGCAUUCUUCCACAACGAUACACUGAAUAUUGCAUCCAGAUUCCAUGAGUCACGUGCCCAGUCUCUCUGCCCGCAAGUGUGCAUUACCCAAGUUUAUGAAACCAGCUUGAAUUAAUCCAUUUGGAGCCAGCUAUUAUCCAUUUGUGAGAGAUAUAUAAGUCCC